UCUUCCGGCCUCUGGGGGCGGGGUCAGCAUGGCUUCCGCUGGCGGAGUUCAGAACCUAACCCGGGAGUUGUGAGCUAGCGACCGUUACCCUCUCCUUUUGCUGCAGUGGCAGACUGUGCGUCCGCGUCUCCUGAGACCCCACCUUGGGUCCAGCUCUAAAUUACUGCAGAAUCUGAACCCAGAAAAGGCCCUCUUUUCCUGCCCCCGUGCGCCCUUGCCCAGGCAAGGUGAGGUUCUUGCUCCGUUUUCCGGCCUCACCUUUCCCACUCUCCUAAUCGCCUCGUGGGGUCUUUCAUCGCCCUGAUCAUGGCCCAGAAGCCGAAAGUAGAUCCCCACGUGGGACGGCUGGGAUACCUGCAGGCACUGGUCACAGAAUUUCAAGAGACAGAGAGCCAAGACGCCAAGGAGCAAGUCCUUGCCAACCUCGCCAACUUCGCCUAUGACCCCAGCAAUUAUCAGUAUCUGCGGCAGCUGCAAGUUCUGGAUUUAUUUCUUGAUUCGCUGUCAGAGGAGAAUGAGACCCUGGUGGAAUUUGCUAUUGGAGGCCUCUGCAACCUGUGCCCAGACAGAGCCAAUAAGGAGCAUAUCCUGCAGGCAGGAGGCAUCCCGCUCAUCACCAACUGCCUGUCCAGUCCCAACGAGGAGACGGUACUGUCCGCUGUCACCACUCUCAUAUACCUGAGCUCGCCAGGCCCAGGCUCCAACCCCGAGCUGACCACCUUGCCUGUGGUCCAGUGCAUGCUGCGCUUCUCUCUCUCCGCCAACAUGAGGCUCCGGAACCUGGCUCAGAUCUUCCUGGAGGACCUCUGUUCCCCAAGCCAGGUGGCCGAAGCCCGCAGCAGGCAGGCAGACUCUGCCCUGGGUAUCCCUCUGCCCAGAACUGCAGCCCCAGAGCAGUCUUGACCCAAGGCUAGAGAACUCAGUCAUGGAAGGGUGUGCAGGAAGCAGAUGGAACACAGCUCCCCAGAGUGCAUUAUGCCCAAGUGGUGCCUUUUCAGCCAUUUUAAAGGUAGGUUUUUUCACAACAGGUUUUACAUGGUGGGUGAUGAAAAGGCAUUGGCGGGGCCAAAUGUGGUGCCUUGAUGCCUAUAAUCCUAGCACUCCGGGAGGCCAAGGCAGGUGGAUUGCCUGAGCUCACGAGCUCAUGAGUUGGAGACCAGCCUGAGCAAGAGCACCACCACAUCUCUAAAAAUAGCUGGGCCUUGUGGCCAGCACCUGUAGUCCCAGCUACUUGGGUGGCUGAGCCAAGAGAAUCACUUGAGCACUGGAGUUUGAGGUUGCUAUGAGCUGUGAUACCACAGUAUUCUACCCAGGGCAACAAAGUGAGACUCUAAAAAAGAAAAAAGAAAAGACAUUAGGAGCGAGGAAGCCAGACACAGACACAUAAGGAAGAAAAUCAAAUCUGAUGGAACUGGAAAAAGAAGAACAAUCUAAGCCUAAACCCAGCAGAAAAAAAGAAAUAUCCAAAAUGAAAUCAGAGAUUAAUGAAAUUGAAAACAAAAGAAUCAUUCAGAAAAUUAAUGAAAACAAGGAGUUGGUUUUUUGAAAAAAUAAAUAAAAUAGAUAAACCUUUGGCUAGAGUCGAGGUCCUCAAACUGCAGCCCGUGGGCCAUAUGAGGCCGUGUGAUUGUAUUUGUUCCCAUUUUGUUUUUUUACUUGAAAAUAAGAUAUGUGCAGUGUGCAUAGCAAUUUGUUAAUAGUUUUUUUAAAACUAUAGUCUGGCCCUCCAACUGUCUUAAGGGACAGUGAACUGGCCCCCUGUUUAAAAAUUUGAGGAAUAAAAAAGUUAAAUAUCUAGUAACCUUAAUCAGAAAUGACUGAGGGAUUGAUCCCUGUGAAUCAAAUAGUGACUAAUUCUCACAUAAAUUGGAUUUAAUUUUAACCAAAGAACAUUAUUUAAACAAUUUUUUUUUUAAACAUUAAUUUUUAAUUCAACUUGUUAAUAUGUUGUUUAGGAUAUUGCAUCCUCAUUUAUAAGUGACGUGUUUAUAAUUUCCCAUUUAUAAUAAUGUAUUUUCUUCAAUUUUAAUAUCAGGUGUACCCAGAUCAAGUAGAAUGAUUUUGAAGCAUUUCUUCUUUUUCUAUUGUCUAUAAGAUUUGGCAUGAUAAUUGCGAGAGGGACUUUACCUAACAAAUGCAAUCAGUGUAACCUGGCUUAUUGUACCUUCAGUGAAGCCCCAACAAUAAAAAAAUAAAAAAUAAAAUAAAUAAAAAGAUUUGGCAUGAUCUGUUUUCAAAAUUAUGUUACUUUUAUUUAUAAAUAUUAGUUGUCUAUUUUUUGAGACUUAAAAAUAAGUUUAACUGCUGACUCCAUACUAAACCUGAGUCAAAGCAUUCUAUAAUAGACAAUGUGAAUAGAAUAGACAUUCUAUUAUUUGACAAUGUGAAUGUUACUUUCUUUGUAUUAUUAUUAUUGCUUAAUAUUUUGAUGUAGCAAUUGUCUGAUUCCUUUUCUGAAUGUAUUUAUGUUCGUUCAUUCUG